AUGAUCUCUUCGGCGGCAUGGAUUGCUAAAGGAAAGGCAGCACAUCAUCCUACAUCAUACAAAGUGGACGAUAAUGAACUUGAACGUGUUGCAAAAUUAGCAAACGUUCAUUUCGAAGAUGCAAAAGCACAAUUUGAACGUGCACAAAGGGUAGCAGCAGGAUGGCACGAUGGAAAAGAGAUUGGUGAGGAUGAAGGAUGGGAAGAUGAUGACAAAGAAGAAGUUAAAGAAGAUGAAGCAAUGGAUGCAGAAGAUGAAGAUCAGGACACAGUCACCAAACCUGCAGCAAAAGAAGAUCCCAACGAUUUGAGUAGAUACAAUCUUGACAAUUACGACAAUGACGACAAUGAAGCAACUACUAUGGGACCUUUCAGCAAUAUCAAAGGACUACAAUAUUACCGCAACAAUGAUGAAGAUCCGUAUAUCACCCUCAAAGAAGAUCCUGUCGAAGCACAAGAAGAAAGGGAGGAAUUAGAAGUUAUGCCAACAGACAACAUGAUCAUCACAGCAAAAACAGAAGAUGAAGUUUCAUUGUUAGAAGCAUACGUUUAUAUUCACGAAGAUGCAAACUUAUACGUUCACCAUGAUCUCAUGCUUCCAUCUUUCCCUCUAUGUUUGGAAUGGCUGGAUUACAAGCCAAGCGGUGGAGGUGAAGGAUCGGCUGAUCAAAACAGUAACGUAGGUGCAAAAGGAAACUUUAUUGCAGUCGGUACAAUGGAUCCAGAGAUUGAGAUUUGGAGUAUGGACGUUGUAGAAGGGCUAUUCCCCGAUGCAAUCUUGGGACAAAAAGAUAUUACCGAACAAUUAAAUGCACCCAAAGGAACGGGAAAGAAGAAACGGAAGCAAGCAAAGGAACGGGUACCCAAUGCAAAUUACCACGUCGAUGCAGUCCUGGGCCUCUCAUGGAACAAGCUGGCCAGAAAUCUUCUCGCAAGUGCUUCGGCUGAUUCUACUGUGAAAUUAUGGGAUCUUUCAAAACCUGCAGAUGAAAAUGGAGGCACAAAUGCGUUACGAUCAUUUGGAGACCUACACACAGACAAAGUACAAAGUGUAGCAUGGGAUACGAGUAAUUCUUCUCGUGGUUCGAUAGGUCAACCUGCUCGUCUAUUAAGUGGAAGUUAUGACAAGACCAUUUGCGUUUUUGACAGUAGAAGCCCAUCAGAUGUUGUUCGUGCAAGCGUUUCUUCUGAUCUUGAAUCAGUUCGAUGGAACCCAUGGCGGGAACAUAACUUCUUUGUUUCUAUGGAAGAUGGUCUCGUUCAAUCAUUCGAUGCACGUAUGUUGACAAAAGAGAAAUCAGCUUCGGCAAUCUUUACGCUUUCAGCACAUGAUGGUGCGUGUACAUCUUUGGAUAUCAGUCCACAUAUUCCUGGUUGCAUCGUUACUGGAGGAACAGAUAAAUUGGUCAAACUCUGGAACGUUGAGGGAGAUUCCUCAUUCGAGGUGAAUGCUGCUAAUCAAGAUAUCAAUUGGCGCCCUUCUUCGCUCAGCAUGGUCGCAAGUCGUAAUUUGGACGCAGGUAAAAUCUUUUCCGUUCAAUUCUCACCCGAUGAUCCUCUCACUUUGGUAGCUGCUGGAUCUAGAGGCGUUUUGCGUGUUUGGGAUGCAUUGGCAAACGUAGGAGCACGAAAGACUUUUGGUGAUCGUCUAAGAGCUAUGCCAAAUGACCCUGCGAAAACGGCUAUUCGGAUCGAUGGUAACGAACCCGCACGUGGAGAUGGUGUUGUCAGUUUAGCAGAUGAAAGCGAUAAUGAAAGUGACGAUGGAGGCCACGGUGGCGAUGUUGCCAUGGAGGAGUAA